AUGUUUUUCUUUCCUUUUUUUUGCAGUGCUGGAAUUGGCCGUAGUGGCACAUUUAUUGCCCUUGAUUAUUUGAUGGAGGAGGCGCGCCACACAGGCACCGUGGAUGUAUUUGGCUGUGUCAACAGAAUGAGAAAGGCUCGCCUCAAUAUGGUUCAAAUUGAGGAUCAAUAUGAAUUUAUCUACCUCGCCCUUGUGGAGAGUAUAUUCCUGCAGGACACACAUGUAUCAAUUGAAGAUUACCAAAGUUAUUACCAAAAUAUGAUUAUCCAGAAUGACCAAAAUGAUUGCUCCAAGACACUGCUGCAGCAACAAUUCCAGGAAUUGCAAGAACUGGAAUAUCCACACACACCUGAAGAAUUCUUGGAGACAGCAAAAAUGAAGAACAAUUUGAACAAAACACGGGUGAAAAAUAUUUUAGCCAGUGAUUUAUACCGGCCAUAUCUGACGCCUGCUCCUGACGGUCAGCCACGUUAUAUUAAUGCUGUCUACUUGCCGAACCAUGAAAAUCCCCGUAACUAUAUUGCCACUCAGAUGCCAAUGGCUGAAACAGUUGAAGAUUUCUGGCAAAUGGUCUGUGAUGUCCGGAGCAGCACUAUAGUAAUGCUGAAUGAUGAAGAUUCUAUGGAUAAGCUUGUGUUACAGACCUGCUGUAGAUACUGGAAGGACAAUGGAGAUGACGAAUUUGGACAUAUCACCGUCCACAACAGCGAGGUCCAAAUAAAGGAGGACUUUAUUGAGAGAACUUUGUUCAUCCACAACAAUGAAACGGGGAAACAAAUGAGUGUGAAACAAUAUCAAUACAUUGCCUGGCCAGCAGGCUCCCCGGUGCCAACCAAUGUUGUAUCAUUCUUGCAUAUGAUCGAAGAGAUAUCUCAGUAUCAACUCCAGCAGCAGCAGCAGCAGCAACCACAAAAGACGCCUAUGGUUGUCCAUUGUUUGAAUGGUGCCGAGCGCAGUGGCUUAUUCUGUGUUGUAUGUGCUGUGUUAUCUUUGUUGGUAAAAGAACGGAUGAUCAACAUUCCAUACGUAGUGAGGACCAUGCAACUUCCUCGGCCACAGUUGCUCACUAGUGUGGAGCAGUAUCAGUUUUGUCAUACCGCAGUGAUGGAGUACAUUGAUCGAUUCCUAACCUAUGAGAACCUGUGA